GAGGGUAUUGAGAGCCAGAGGCAGAGAGAAAGAGAAGAGGAGGAGGUGGAAAAGAGAAUGCAAGACAGUGGAGAACAUUGAGAAACACUGGAGGACUGUAACUGUGGAAAUAAGGCAAGAAACUACAAGACAACUUGGGGGAUUCAAGGGAAGUAAAGUGGUGAAUGAGAUACAGAGAGAGUCUCUUGUCCCAGACACUGACGAAUUCUUCACACACCACUGCUUGUAUUCAUAAAACAAACGCAGGAAAGACGGAGAGGAAGCUGGCUGAGAAAGACAUUUGUAUGCUGCUCUGCAUAGUGCAGCAACAGACCAGUCCAACCAGGUAUGCAUGUCCCCCGAGAAGAAAGGAGAAGGAGGUUAAUCGCAUACGCCGACCCCCAGGAAGAGCAGCAAGGUAGAUAUCCUCAACAACAUCACCACAAUCACCACAGAUGUCAGCAGAAGGAGUCCUGAGGCAGAACCACAGCUCCACCAGAUCCUUGAGUGGAACAGGGGGCAGAGGGCUCCUGCAACAGUGGGUCCCGACAGAUGUGGCGGUCCCUGCACAGGGCCCUGGGGUCUCCCCGCGGGGGCUCCGUCCUCAGGUGGCUGGGGAUGAAGGUGUGCCGUAGGAGUGCUUUGCUUGUAGUUCUGCUCUGGCUGGCCUUUUGGCUCUUCCUCAACGGUCUGGUGUUCGUUCACAGGAACAUGUUCUCUGACUUCUGCACCGACGACAAGAGCAAACAGAUUCUGCAGAGGGUGUGUGACGAGUAUCAGCAGGGAGUACUGACCGGUGACCUCUGCGAAGACCUCUGUGUGGCCGGUCAAGUGGAAUACAAACGCUGCCUCUAUUAUGAGAAUGGCAAGAAGGUCAUGGCCGCCAGUUGGCGUGGAGUGCCUGUUGUUCUCAAGUCUAAGCUGGAGAAUUUCUCUUCCUAUGAGGCUUUAGCUCUGCUAGAGUACCAGGAUGCAGCUGGUGGGAUGGGGAGCGAGGAAGAGCUCUCACCUCUGGAUGUCGUAUUCUAUGCCACCCUGGAGAUCAAGAACUCUCUUGGCUUGGAGACAGGAACUAAUUUGACUUUGCCACGACUUUGGGGCCAGAGGCUGAAGGAGAAAGAGAGGACUUACUCGCGAGCGGAACUGGCCUCACUCUGGGCUCUGCUUCAACAAGAGGAGUACACGUUCCUCAAAGUGCUACAGGAUUUAACCCACCAUGUGGCCAAGAUCCUGGGCUCUUGUGGUCACUUUUAUGCCGUGGAGUACUUGGUGGCUGGACAUGCAUGGGACCAAAACAUCUUCUCAUUGGAGGAGCUGUCGCUCAGCCCGUCACCGAGGCCCUGGAGUGGGGAGGAAAGGACGUUAACCGCAAGAGAUAUGGUACCCAGAGUGGCCCUGAGCUUUCUAGAGAUGGUGGAGCAUUUUGACAAUGACUUUUCGCACCGCUUGCACCUUUGUGAUAUCAAGCCAGAGAACUUUGCUAUCAGGAAGGACCUGACGGUGGUGGCAAUAGAUGUGGACAUGGCUUUUUUUGAGCCCAAAAUGAGAGACAUACUUGAGCAAAACUGCACCAUUGACAAUGACUGCAACUUCUUCGACUGCAUUUCCAAGUGUGACAGAAGUAAAAAGAGAUGUGGACCAAAACGCAAAAACAGCAACCUUCAGGUGAUCUGUGAAAAGAUCUUCAGGCCUUGGUUUUCUCCCACGCUGCUCGGCGCUAAAGCAGGGCUCCCCCUACAGGUGGAGCUGCAGCGAGCCGUGCAGGAAUGUGCAGAGACAGACAGCAGGGAAGAAGAUGAGCGCAGGCGGGUGGUACGACAGCAGCUACAGGCUCUCCUCACGGAGCUUAUUCAGGAGGACACAGGAAACCAGGGUGAAGGCCAGGAACACAAUAUGAGACGAGUCCAUACGGCACUUAACUUCUAAACCAACUUGGGACCUUCAAAAGAGCUAUAAUAGAACAAAUUUAGUCAUGUGCAAUGCUGGAGAACUUUUCUGAUGACUAUUUCUAGUCGCGACUAACACCCUUUGAAACAUAAUUAUAGCAAGUUACUAUUAAUCUUUAAAAGAGGUCUUUUUAAAAGGGUUAGUUCACCCAAAAAGGGACAUUUUGUCAUCAUUUCCUCCCCUUCAUCUCAUUCAGAAUGAUCACAAUGUGAAUUUUAGACCAGAAGGUCGUAAGUUUUGCUGCUGAAAUUGGUCUGCUUAUGAAAUUCUAACCACUGCACCCAGUGGCUAAAACCAGAAGUGCUGUUGAGAUAAAAUUUCCACAGAGUGGCGCCAAAGGCAAGUUAUAUUUUUAGUUGUAAAUGAUGAAAUACAGUCAACAGGAAUGCAUGUCAUAUGAACUCUACCACCUAACCCAAACCCAAAACCUAACUGUCAAUGGAGUAAAAAUUUAAUUUUAAAAUGAAAAUGCAACCUCCAAAUCGUGCUCAGCAUUGUUGAAGUGAACACGAUCCCUUCCUGGUUUCCUUGGUACCAGAACUGUGUCUCGAAGAUUACUCUCAUAACGUGCUAUCAAAAUGGCAAAGGGAAAGGUAAACACAUUUGAACUGAUUCAAAAAUGUUUGAAGGUGGAUGACGCUUAAAUGGGGUCGAUUUCAGAGGAUAUGAACAUUCGGAAGCAGCAUGUGAUUUCCUGUGUGAUCAUGUUGUAUUGUUUCAACCCUGUAUGACUCUGUUCAGUAUUUUUCUUUUUGGGUGAACUAACCCUUUAACACUGGCUAUAUUGUUCAGAACACUUAAGUUAAGGGUGUAGAUAUGCCUCUUACUGUUAUGUAAGAAUAAGGCUAUCAAGGAAACUCUGGAACAUCUUAGCUAAUGUUCAAUUUUAUUUUUGCUGGACAGAAAUUGUCUACCUGUAAUUUUGUGUAAGCAUUUCAAUAAACCAUGACUCAGUCAUGACCCUACCAUUUCAUUACUUACUGACACGAAACCACAGCUGCAACUGUCAUGCUGCAUUACAUUUUGUUCGCAUAUCAACACAACUGAGAAUGCAACAGAAAGCUCAAAGAUCAAACCAACAUUUGGUUCCUAUUGACGGAAGGGGAAAACUGUAGAUUUGUUUGGAUCGAUCUUCAACAUUUACGUCUGCACAGGAGAUCAGGUUGCAAUCAGGUUGCAAGUCUUUUAGGAAAAUAUAGUUUAGGAAAGACUAAACAGAAAUGUUGGGUAAGGAGAGGAUGAGACAUUGCAUGGUAGGAACAUAUUACCUGAUGGUGAACUUCACUGAUUUAUGUUCUUCUGUCUCAGUUGGAAUUCAAACGCUUCCAAGCUUGGCUUGUGAGGUCAUCAAAUUAUGUGUCUCCAAGGCAACGACAGGGGUCUGGUUUUGAUCUGCUCAGCACAUGCUGACGGCAAUGAGAACACAUAUUUGGUGUUGACCAUUAGGACCCGAAGAGCUAAAGCUUCAGAUAUCAAUCUUUUGUUGUCCAUUGAUUUAAAACGUUGUUUUGAGACUAAUUUACAUCAAUUGAAAAAAAAAAAAUAAAAAAAUUUAAGCAUAAGAGUGCACAAAUCCUUCAAACAUAAUUACUGUUCAGGAUCAAUAGUUUGUUUUCUUGAGAUUUCAUUAAGGAUUGUUUACCGUGAAUUUUGACAUACUUGAGGAACUGAAGCAUGUUAUCAAUUACAGCCUCCAUUUUUGGAGGGUGGAGUGGACAAGCUGUGAAAUAAUUAACCACAGUGCCCAUAGAUAUCUACUGUUUACACCGUAGUCUCCAAUGAUUAGAAAACUGGAACACACUGCAGUUUUUAUUAUUCAAAGCUCUGCAACAGCCUGCAUUUCACUGUUGUUUAAAUCAACUGCUUUGUGUAGAAUAAUUGUUUCUUCAGGCUUUGAGAAAUGUUGGAGACUUAUCUAAAGCUUUGGAAUGCAUCUCAGUGUACCUAGGCCAUGUCCACACUAAUAUGUUUUCUUUUGAAAAUGCAACUUUUUUACAACGUUUUGGCCUUCCGUCCACACUGAGACUGUGUUUUUGUCCAGCAAAAACAGAGCUUUUUGAAAAUGCUCUCCCAAGUGAAUAAAUUUGAAAACGGCAUCUUCAUGUUGUUGUGUGGACAGGGAAGACAGAGAUAUCUGAAAACAAUGAUGUAUUUGUUGUGAUGUGACGCAGACAUGUGAUCCAUUCAUCCCAAAACAAUCAAGAUGGCGGGCCAUGUUGUAACGCCGUUGUUGUGCCUGUUAUUUACUUUGAUAGUGUUGUUAAAGAUAAAUGUUACUUUGUACAACCUUCAAAAUGCAUUCCUUUAAAGGCGACGGGAAGUUUACUCGGAAUUGUUGUUCGGCGGUGGAACGCGAGGACAAUUGCGUUUCAGAUCGUACAUAGAAUGAAAAGUUUUUGCAUGCACAGUAAGGGUAUUUAAGUGUUUUCAUACAGUACGUUUCAGUGUGGAUGAAAAACUUUUGGAAAAUGCUUGAAAACGGCAGUGUGGACGGAGAGCGUUUCAAAAAACGAAAAUGUUGUUUUUAGAUGUAUCGCAAUUAAUGUGGAUGUAGCGUAAGUUUUUAUCCUGUGACUAAAUACAAGAGUGAAUUUGUGAAUAAAGGAUCAUAAGCACAAAAGUCUUUAAAGAUCGUUUAUCAAAAGAAGGACCUGAAUACCUAAGGUCAAUGUACAAAGGAUUUUAAGAAAGAAUAUUAAGAAGAUGAAAAAAAAAAAAACUUGCUUGUCUUUGUAAUGAUACAAUUAUUCAAUCUGACAACUCAUAAUAAAUUCGUAUAAGAUGGUGAAAUCAUACAGCUUUGUACGACUCCUACGAAAAGGUACGACUUUUAGACCGACCAAUCAUAAACGUUUCUGUUGCCUCGUUCCAAACCCCUAUAU